AUGCCUAAGCCUAUAAUCAGAGUAUUUGGAGUUUUAAAGGAAUGUGCUGGUAAGGUUAAUAUGGAACAUGGCCUUGACUCAACAAUAGGGAAACCAAUAAUGCAGGCUUCCCAAGAAGUUGACUCAACAAAUGGUAGCAAUUUUAUUUUGGUUGUUCCCAGAUAUUUGGCCUUCCGUGUUGUACAGUUUCUUAUCAAAUACAACGGGCAUUACAUAAUUCCUUCAUUAUCUGCGAACUUUUCGAAUACUUCAGAUACUUUUCUUUCACUUUUUUUUAUAUGA